UCCGUCCCCGUGCCUGGACCACCCCACAACCUUCUAGGACCGAUGGAUGAGCUCCUGUUACCGAGCGGUGAAGAAGAGACUCCCUCAGACCAAAUCUCCCCAGAAGCCUUGGGGAUGACGAUGGGGGACCGGAUCAAGUCCUUCUUCCUGGAUCCAGGGAACUGGGACCAGUGGCGAAACCUGAGGGAUUUCUUUAAGAAGAAUGGUCUGUUAACCCUGUCAGUCAUCGCCGUGAUCACUGGCUGCACGUUGGGCUUCAUGCUGAGAGGAACCCAGCUGUCCACGCAGGCUAAGAUCUACUUCUCUUUUCCUGGAGAGCUGCUGAUGAGGAUGCUGAAGAUGCUCAUCCUUCCUCUCAUCACAUCCAGUUUGAUGUCGGGCUUGUCGUCGAUGGAGUCGAAGGCGUGCUGCAGGAUGGGCGUCCUCACGGUCACCUACUACCUGUGGACCACCUUUAUUGCCGUGGUGGUCGGCAUUGUCCUCGUCCUCAUCAUCAAGCCCGGUGUUGGGACGGAGAUGGACAGCAACCGGUUAGGGGGCGGGCCCGUCAUGACGUCAGCAGAUGCCCUGUUAGACCUGAUCAGAAACAUGGUUCCCUCCAACUUGAUCGAAGCCACAUUUCAGCAGUACAAAACGGACCUGAUCCCAGUCCUCAAAGUUCCAACCAGAACCUUCCAGCCCAACUUUGUAUAUGUCGUCCCAGAUGACAAUGACCCCAAAGGUCAGACUGUGUACCUGGAGCUGACUCCACCCCCUGAUGUCAUCUACAAGACCAGCCCUGGCAGCAGUCAACAGAUGAACGUCCUUGGAAUCGUCAUCUUCUCCGCCACCAUGGGUCUGCUGCUGGGCAGGAUGGGAGAGCGCGGAGCUCCACUGGUCAACGUCUGUCAGUGCAUCAACGAGUGUGUGAUGAAGAUCAUCAACGCAGCUGUGUGGUACUUCCCCUUUGGCAUCAUCUUCUUGGUCGCGGGAAAGAUCUUAGACAUGCAGGAUCCAAGCACUCUUGGGAAAAAGCUGGGUUGGUAUGGCGUCACCGUCCUAGCUGGCCUCUUUGUCCAUGGCCUCAUCCUCCUGCCGUUGUUCUACCUCAUCCUCACAAGGAAGAACCCUUUCAGGUACAUCCGGGGGCUGCUGCAGGCCAUGGUCAUCGCUCUGGCCACCUCCUCUAGCUCUGCCACCCUGCCCAUCACCAUGAAGUGUUUGUUGGAGAACUGCCAUGUUGAUCGGCAGAUCGCUCGCUUCGUUCUACCUGUUGGUGCCACAAUCAACAUGGACGGCACGGCACUGUACGAGGCUGUGGCGGCCAUCUUCAUUGCUCAGGUUAAUAACUAUGAGCUGGACUUUGGACAGCUGGUCACCAUCAGCAUCACAGCAACUGCCGCCAGCAUCGGAGCAGCAGGAAUCCCUCAGGCUGGCCUGGUUACCAUGGUGAUCGUCCUCACCUCUGUGGGCCUGCCACCUGAUGACAUCACACUCAUCGUGGCCAUUGAUUGGAUCCUUGACAGGUUUCGGACCAUGAUAAACGUUCUCGGGGACGCCCUGGCAGCAGGAAUCAUCGCCCAUCUUUGUCGGAAAGAUUUCCCUCUGGGUGGUGUUGGAAAGACGAUUCCAUCCUACGGGACCCAGAAUCCUCACAGCAACUCCCACAUUAUCAACGUUCCAAUGACAGAGAUCCACUCACACAAGGAAAACUUGUUUGAGACGACGGGUGACCCGACGGGCCAGAGGCAGGCCCACACCGUCUACUACAACAUCUGCCAGGUGUGAAGCUCUGACUCUGGAGCAGUGUGUGAAGGAGUGAAGAACGUUUGUAGAACUCCCCUCUUGGUUCUGAAGCAACUGUGAUCAUCUGGAAGGUAAUGUUCUGAUGUCUGCAUCCAGAACGCAUCGUUCUCCUUUGCUGAAUGGAAUUUGAGGAUUGUGGAGUGAAUAAUUCAGUGACGUGAGGGAUCCGAACGAAUCAACGGGUCUGUUUGUGUUCCGUGCUGUGUUCAGCGCUUCCAAACUGAGUGGGAAACCACAGCGCUGUGUUCAGCAUUCGGAUCUGUCAGAAGCAGAUGGUCCAAGGUUCUGAUUGGGACCAGGAGGAGACCAGAACCUGGAAGGGACUCCAUGGACCCACCUUUGCUUGGGAAAUGUUACGAUCCUCCUGCGUAAGAAGCAUCUGGAACCCGAACCAUGGCCUGGAUGUGAGCCAAGACUUUAGAACCAGAACUUUUCAAGUUGGGAGGUUUUAGAACCAGACUAGAUCUCCUUGAUUCUGUGUCCAGUGUUGAUCUGACACGUGUGCUGCGAUCUGAUAGGCUGGCACUCAGUGCCCCCCCCCC